AUGGCGGAAGCUCACCAAGCUGUGGCCUUUCAGUUCACCAUCACGCCGGAGGGCAUCGACCUGCAGCUGUCUCACCAGGCUCUCUCUCAGAUUUACCGCUCCGGCCUGCGGUCCUGGAAGAAACGCAUCAGCAGGAUCAAGAACCGAGUCAUAAAGGGUGUGUACCCUGCCAGCCCUUCUUCAUGGCUGUUCGUCGUCAUAGCGAUCCUAGCUAUCAUGUACACGCAGUCGGACCCUUCCAUGGGACUUAUCGCUAGGAUACAGGAACACCUGCCGCUCAGUCUGUCUAUCUCUCUCAGUGCUCAGGGCCAGACCAUGGUGUCUGCUUUGGUGUUCAGUACCCUCCUGUGGCUCUCUCUCAUUCUCACGCUGAGGUUCUGUCUGAAGCUCCUGCUCUCUUACCACCGCUGGAUGUUUGAACAGCAUGGCCGGAUCUCUGCCAAAACCAAAGUCUGGGUGAGUCUGGUGAGGCUUCUGUCCAGCAGAAAGCCUUUACUUUAUAGUUAUCAGACCUCACUGCCACACCUCCCAGUCCCAGCCAUUACAGACACACUGGAAAGGUACCUGGAGUCUGUUCGGCCGUUGCUGAGUGCUGCUGACUUUGAGCGGAUGACGGGAUUGGCUGCUGAGUUUGAGAGAGGCCUGGGGAACCGUCUCCAGCGAUACCUCAAACUGAAGGCCCUGUGGGCCACCAACUACGUGAGUGACUGGUGGGAAGAGUACAUCUACCUGAGGGGGCGUGGCCCAAUCAUGGUCAACAGCAACUAUUAUGGCAUGGAUUUCCUGUAUGUGACGCCUACGCCGAUCCAAGCAGCCAGGGCGGGCAACACCAUCACCGCGCUCCUGCUUUACCGACGGAAACUGAACAGAGAGGAGCUCAAACCGACUCGGGUUCCUGGCACUGUUAUUCCUCUGUGUUCUGCCCAAUGGGAGCGCAUGUUUAACACCACACGCACACCUGGAGAAGAGACUGAUGUGUUGCAGCAUUGGCAGGACAGCGAGUUCGUAGCAGUGUAUCACCGCGGCAGGUAUUUCAGGCUGUGGGUGUACCGGGCCGGUCGUCUGCUCUCCCCCAGGGAGAUCCAAUUCCAGAUUCAGAGGAUCCUGGAUGAUCCAUCACCCCCGCAACCGGGAGAGGAAAAACUUGGGGCACUGACAGCAGGAAACAGAGUACCAUGGGCUCAUGUACGGAAACAGCACUUCAGCUCGGGGGUGAACAAACGUUCGCUCGACUGCAUCGAGAAAGCUGCUUUCUUCGUCACUCUCGACGAUGAAGAAGAGGGCAUGAUGGGAGAGGACCCCGCCGGGAAUUUGGACCGUUACGCCAAAUCCAUCUUGCAUGGGAAAUGCUACGAUAGGUGGUUUGAUAAGUCCUUCUCUGUGGUGAUUUAUAAAAAUGGGAAGAGCGGGCUGAAUGCGGAACACUCCUGGGCCGACGCUCCAACUGUCGCUCACUUAUGGGAGUUCACCCUAGCCACAGAUGCAUUUCAGUUGGGCUACACUACAGAUGGAAACUGUAAGGGGGAUGUGGAGCGCUCUCUUCCUCCACCUCAGCGCCUCGCUUGGGACGUCGCGACAGAGGUCCAGACACAGAUUGUGGAGUCCCUGACUGUUGCACAGACACUGGCUGAUGAUGUGGACUGCCAUGUUUUCCCCUUCAGAGAUUUUGGCAAAGGGCGGAUUAAGAAGCUGAAGAUUAGCCCAGAUGCCUUCAUUCAAAUCGCCCUGCAGCUGGCUUAUUACCGGGACCGGGGUGGGUUCUGUCUGACCUAUGAGGCCUCAAUGACACGUUUGUUUCGAGAGGGUCGUACAGAAACAGUACGUUCGUGUUCCAAUGAGAGUUGUGCGUUUGUCCUUGCUUUGGAGGGAGGACAGGAACCAGAGCAGUGCAGAAAGCUUUUCCGAUUGGCAGCUGAGAGGCACCAAAACCUCUACCGAUUGGCUAUGACCGGGUCUGGCAUUGAUAGACACCUCUUCUGCCUAUAUGUGGUCUCCAAAUACCUGGGGGUGGAGUCACCUUUCCUCAAAGAGGUCUUAUCAGAGCCUUGGCGUCUCUCAACUUCUCAGACUCCCGUUCAGCAAAUGGAGCUCUUUGACCUGGUCAACCAUCCCGAGUACAUUUCUCUAGGCGGAGGCUUUGGCCCGGUGGCAGAUGAUGGUUAUGGUGUAUCCUACAUCAUCGUGGGAGAGAACAUGAUCAACUUUCAUGUUUCCUGCAAACAGUCUUGCCCCGAGACGGGCUCUCGUAAAUUUGGCUCUCAGAUCCGACAGGCCAUGCUAGACAUGAUGACCCUGCUCAGUUCUGUGCAGUUGGGGACAGCUGGAGUCCAAACAGCGAAACCCGACAAGAAGAAGCUAUGA